AUGGGCAGACUAGGUACAUACGACCAGGCUCAGGUGAUUGUCAAUAAUCAGACAGCGUUGGGCCUAAAAGCUGUGGAUAUAAACGACGCAAAGAAGUGGUCAGCUACUGAAAGAAUCACCAAAGCGGCUUUGGACGCAUGCGUUAUCAACAGUCAGCUAACAAGCUCUAUCGAUAAAUCUAAACAAAUUUAUAACGACAUCGUAGCUUGGUUUGGAGGUGUUCCCUUCCUCGGCGGAAAAGUAACCCAGGAUUCUGCCAGCAUUUGGGGUACGGUAGGCCUUAUAGAGCAAACUCAUGCUCUCGGAACGCUGCUCUCGUCUUGGGUUUCCGUCGAUUAUAAAAAUGUCUCUCAAAAUGCGCUCUACAUAUCGCAG